CCCCUCCCUUCUCUCAUUCUCUUCUUCUCCUCCUCCCUCAAGUCGGCCAUUAAUUCACUCUCUUCUUCUUCUUCCUCCCGACCCCCUAAUUCUCCUUUGCUUUCCUUUUUUUUUCCCCUCAGUUUUUUUUGCUAUCAUUUUCUUUUUUUCUUUUUUUUCUCCCUCCCCAGAAAGCAAGAUAGAAAGCAAAGAUAGAAAGAAUACAUUGGGAUGAGUUAUUGAAAUGGAGUAGUAGUAGCAGUAGUAGUAUUAGUACUAUAGUAAUUAUGUUGUAGCCCAGUCAGUCAACCAACUCAUUCCUUUUCUUUUUCUCUUCUUUUCAAUUUUAACCCAACACCACUUUCCUAUAUAUCAUUGUCUCUUCAUUUACCAAAACAUUAAAAGAAAAAGAAAAGCAAAACCUCAAUAUUUCUCCAUUUCUAAGUGAUCCCUCAUCUUUCUGAACUUAGGCCAAUUCUUUGACAUAACACAAAAUAUAUACAUCAAGAUGCUCUAGCUAGCUCUUUUACUACUUCUCAAGAAGCCUUCUUCAUCAAGAAAAGUAUUGAACAGAAGAAAAUCUAAAGAAAUCUAAUUUUCUUUUUUGCUGUCAAUAUAAGAAAGAUGUGGAUGAUGGGUUAUAAUGAUGGAGGGGAUCCCUUCAGCGGAAGGAAGCUGAGAACCAUUGUGCCAAGACCAGGAGCUGUUAUAAACCCUACUUGUUUAGGCCGCAUCCACCAUGGCUCUGAUCUUCUUUCUUUCAAUCACCAUCUUGCUGCGAUGAGUGAGCAAAAUAAGAGAUCGGAAUUCAACCCACAACAAGUUGUGGUGAGUUCAAGGUGGAAUCCGACACCGGAGCAGCUGCAAACCCUGGAAGAGUUAUACCGGAGGGGAACCCGGACGCCGUCGGCCGAAGAAAUCCAGCACAUCACAGCACAGCUGAGAAGGUACGGGAAGAUUGAAGGUAAGAAUGUGUUUUAUUGGUUCCAAAACCAUAAAGCCCGUGAGAGACAGAAACGCCGUCGCCAGCUCGAAUCUACUGCUGCUACUAAUUCCGAUGGCCAACACAACAACAACAACAACAACAACAAUAAUAAUGCUGUCGAACACACAGAAAGAUUAAAAGAAGACGAAGAGUUGGGAGGAGGGAAUGGGACAGGUAUAGAAGAAGCUGAAGCAACCAAAAACUGGCCAUCCUCUUCUCACUGCAGUACUCCUCUUUCAGAGAAAACUGGUUCUUCAAUGCAAAGGACAGCAAAAGCAGCAAUAAUUCCAGAAUGUAGAGUUGCAGAUGAUGGAUGGGUACAUUUCGAAGAUGCUGCAGAAUUCCAACAAAGAAAUAAGAGCCUUGAUGAUGAUCAUCAUCAUCAUCAUGAAAGGAAUGCCACGUGGCAGCAAAGAAUGCAUUAUUUUCCUUCUUCUUGCUGUUCUUCCUCAAUAUCUCCUCCUCCUCCUGCUCCUCAUUCUUCAUCAUCAUCUCCCACCCACCAAAUAUUAAACUCUUCCACUUGUAGUAUUAUUAAUUCUGCCAUAACUGGUAGUAGUACUCUUCCUCCAGCUUUAAGUACUCCUUCCUCAACAACAGUGUUAAUGGACCCAACAAAGCAAUUACUAAUCAAGACUAAUGGUACUCCUCAUCACCAACAUCAUCAUCAGGACCAGGUUCUUCCUAGCACCUUCUUCAUUAAUCCCUACAGAUCAUCAUCAAAUGAUCACUUCCAUCAUCACGAUCAAUAUUAUUAUUUGAAUAUCCACCCGAAUUCGGGUACUACUACUAACUCAACUGCUGCUGCUGCUGCGGCUCAUAUCAUUCAUGAGGGUCAUCAUCACUCUGAUCAAACCCUACAACUUUUCCCUCUCCGAAACACCGACAAUAAUGGCAAUGAAGAUGUUGCUGAUGAUAAGGAAUCGGGUCAGGGUUCAUCUGUUGAUGCAAUGAAUGCCUGCAUUAACAAUGCUGCUGCUCCUAACUACAAGUUUUUCGAGUUCCUUCCUCUGAAGAAUUGAAAAAAUUGACAUCAUCAUCCCUAGAUAGUUAAUUAAGGAGUUUUUCUCAAUAGCAUUAUGAAUUUUAUUGAGAAGAUUAUUUGAUCUAGAGAUCAGUUAUCUAGUGAAGUAGUAAAGGUCUCUUCGUUUCCUUUUUUUUUUUUUUUUUUUUUGGUUAAUGUAACAAUGUUUGAUGUAACAUUUCAUGGAGGAGUUGACAAAUGUGGAAUUGGGUGGUGAUUGGAUUUAAG